UCCUGCAGGAGAGCCUGAAAACAGACAUCGAGGAAGGAAGGAAAAAGAGAGGCAGGAAUGAGGCUACAUGAACAAGCCUGAGCGCGACACACACACACACCACCUCACACACACACACAUACACACACACACACACACACACACACACACACACACACACACUCUCCUUCCCAGUGUGGAGCGUCAGAUAAGGAGGAGGAGAAACAGGAGCUGCUGGAACACCACACUUCGCCUGGAGCGUCCGAGGCUGCCUGGCAGUCCAGAAGCAGGGUUUACAGUUCUGUUGGGAUCCUUGGAGCUGACAGCUGGAUCUUCUCCUGCUGGGAAAAGUCUCAGUUUAUCCCCAGGAGCAUCUCUCUCCGUGUUAUGAGACCUGCUCCCCCAGCUGCUGCCAGAGUCAGGAUUUGGUCGGGAUCGGAUUACAUUCGGAUCGUCCCCGGGUCACAAAGGGAGAGGUCACCCAGAAAGAUGGGAAGCAUUUAGGAGUUCCAGCUCGAAGGCACAGUCUGACUCAGGAGUAAAGAGUGGUUCCUCAGAGAGGUGGAGCAGAAGUUUGGUUCAUCUCAGACGGCUGCAGAGUUGAAUCCUGAACUAAAUUUCCAGAAUGCUCCCAGGAAAUUCCAGGAGUUUUUCCUAAUUCACGGAGUCUUAUCAUCACUCUGAAGAACAGGCAGCUUCAGGUUUUCCUCUGACAGAAGAGGAGCAAAUAAUAAUUAGAGUUUUUACUUAAAGAACCCUUCAUGCAAAGUUUAAACAGCAUCUUCUAAACUCUGAGGAGAAAACCUGGAACCUAAAUCUGGAUUUGCCUUCAAGAUCCAUCAGAAGAAGUAAAAGUGUCCCAUUUUAUUUGAAGGCAGAGCUGUAAAAACCAGGAAUUUAUCCUUCCUGCUGAGGAGCCUGGAAACAUGUCGACACCUGCUUUUACUUUACUGAACGGUCCCCUUUAAGAAGCAAAAAUCCAGGAUAUUCCGAAGCUUCUUCAAGCUCAGUUUCUUCUUCCAUCAUCAAGUCUUUUUGUCACCUUUUCAAUUUUGUUUUUUGGUGCCAAUGUUCCUGAACUUGACACCAACGGAACUGUAGAAAAUGCAGAGGGGAACAGGAACAUGUCAAAGAGCAACAGACUUACAGAACAUUUAAUGAGGAGAUAAAAUAAGCUUUCUGAUAUUAAACAGCAGAAUCUGAGCAUGAAAACAGAAUCAUUUUUGCAGGAGAAACUUUGGAUUCAAGCUAUACGAUGGACAGAUCGACCAGUUAUGAUUACACAAGACACUCUUCAUCUUCAAGGCUUCCAAAGCAGAAUUUUGCAAUGAACAGCAAAUAUUUUAUUCAAAUUAAAAGCAGCAGCUGACAAAACAAAUGAAAAUAUUUGAACUAUAAGGAUUUCCCUCAUUUCAGCCUGCUUGGCAAAAGGACAUCAUGGAGAUCAUCAGGAGAUAAGAAAUCAGCCAUUAAAAUCACACAAUAGGCAGAUGAUGCCGUCAUUUACCUCAAAUCUCAAAGAACACAAUUUAGAUUUUAUCCAAGCUCAUCUUGGCUAGUUAAGGGAUUAUUAAUUUCUUUUGACGUUGGACCAACGUUUUCAGCAGGAUAAGGAUUUGGUCUGGACAUCUUUCAUCUCUCUCGUCAUCAUGCUUCCUGGAGGACAGGGAUCAAGUGGAGGAGGCUGUGGCAGUGGACUGUGCAUUCUUAGGUGGCUCGGGCUCAGGCUGUGGUCCCGCCGGGGCACCCUGGUGUUUGCUUUGCUCUGGUUUGGGUCGUGGCUCUUCCUGAACGGUCUGGUUUUGGUCCACAGGAGCAUUCUGUCUGACUAUUGCACUGAUGACAAAAGCAAGAGGAUCCUACAGCGGCUGUGUGUGGAGUUCAGCGAGGGCUCAGUGACUGGAGACAUGUGUGAGGACCUGUGUGUCCACGGCCUGGUCGAGUAUAAGCGCUGCCUCUACUAUGAGAACGGGAAGAAGGUGAUCGAGGCUCGCUGGAGAGGAAGCCCCAUCAUCCUCAAAUCCAAGCUGGAGAACUUCUCCUCCUACGAGCCCCUGGGGAUCCUGGACUACCAGCAGGAAGCAGGAGAGGAGCUGUCGGCUCUUGAUGUAGUUUUUUACGCCACCAUGGAGGUACGAAACUCCCUGGGUCUGUCUGAGGAUGGUGAGGAUGAAGAAGGAGGAGGAAACAACAGCUCGAUAUCCAGACUAUGGGGGAAGAAGCUGAAAAUCCCAGAGAGGAGUUACUCCAGAGCAGAGCUGGGCUCUCUGUGGUCGCUGCUUCAGCAGGAGGAAUACACCUUUCUCAGAGUUCUGCAGGACCUUAGUCCCCAUGUGGCCAAGGUGUUGGGCUCCUGUGGUCACUUCUACGCUGUUGAGUACCUGUCAGCUGGACACGCGUGGGACCAGAACAUCUUCUCCAUGGAGGAGGUGGUUGUUCCCGCGAUGCAGGAUCAGAACCAAGCUGGAGCUUAUGGAAGGUGGACCACCAGGCAGAUGGUGCAUCAGAUCGCACUGAGCUUCUUGGACAUGGUGUGGCACUUUGACAAUGACUUCACCCACAAGCUGCACCUGUGUGACAUCAAACCAGAGAACUUUGCAAUCAGGAAGGACCUGACGGUGGUGGCGAUCGACGUGGACAUGGCGUUCUUUGAACCGAAGAUGAGAGACAUCCUGGAGCAGAACUGCAGCAACGACGACGACUGCAACUUCUUUGACUGUUCGUCCAGGUGUGACCCGGUCAAACACAGGUGCAGUCCCCGCCGCAGGAACACCAACCUGCAGGUGAUUUGUGAGAAGAUUUUCAGACCUUGGUUUUCUCCAACGCUCCUCGGAGCUAAAGCAGGGCUCCCACUGCAGGUGGAGCUGCAGCGAGCCGUGCAGGAGUGCUCAGAAACAGAUGGUGCAGAGGAGAAAGCUGAGGAUGAUGGAGGAGGAGGCUGGAGGGACCAUCAUCGACUCCUGGAUAUUCUGAAGCGCCUCCUACAAGAGGAGGUGGUUUUUGAUGAAAGAAAAACGACAGAAGAAGAAAUGGACCCUCUCCACACAGCAUUAAACUUCUGAAAAGGUUGAAGGACCAGAGCAAAGCUUUCUUCAUCAUGUUAAGUUGGAACGGUUUACUGGUGUCUUCUUCUCAGAACCCCAUCAGGAACUCACUAGCCAGACGUGACGCAGAAGGUCUGUGCGAACAUGGUUAUCUCUGAACAGAACAUUCCCAACCUGGGAGUAAACUGAUCGUGAAUGUUUGAAGAUAUUUGAGGGUUUGAACCUCUGGAAUAUUACAAACCUCUCUGAGUGUGUACCCUUCAGGUGUAGAUUGACCUUCUUCCAAAAUCUGAGGUACCUUAAAGCCUUGGUUGGUGACAGAAUCUCAUUUGGCAGAGAGAACACCAGGUACCAGAUAUGAACAUCAUUACAAAAAGGGAUGUGGGCUGUUCCUAGUUGGAAACAGAACAGGAAGCAGCAUCAGCACCCUGACAGGUUCUGAUUCUACCUUUAAUUGAUUAAUUGACCGUCCCUUCUGUGUUUGUAAUUAAUUGAUUUUACUUUAAGUCUGUGUGUAAAAAUACUUUUCUGUAAAAAUAUUGUGAUUUCAAUGAAUCUGGGAACCUCCACACCAGGGGCCUUAUGUACGAAGCGUGCUGACUGACAGCAACCUUACAGCGCAAUAUUUUACGCACAAAAAUUAACAAAUCAAGUGAAAAUGUGCGGAAGCCUUUGAACGUUUUUUAACCGACAGUAAUAAACUACAGAGAACUAAAACUCUCCUAAAUCCAAUGAAA